AGCUGGUCCCCUAACGGCAGGUUAUACCAGUUUCGUACUGCGGUCACACUGAUUCCGCUGCUAUUUUGUCAUUACGUUGAUUUCUUCGUUCGUUUCGUGUUUUUUUGUUAAAAUGGCCGAUACAAAGGGCUUUUCCAGCAUCGAGACCCCCGGCUACGUCGGCUUUGCCAACUUGCCCAACCAGGUUCAUCGCAAGUCCGUGAAAAAGGGCUUCGAGUUUACACUGAUGGUAGUUGGCGAAUCAGGGCUGGGCAAGUCCACACUGGUCAACAGUCUCUUCCUCACGGAUCUCUACCCCGAGCGCAUCAUUCCGGAUGCUAUAGAGAAACAAAAGCAGACGGUAAAGCUGGAAGCGUCGACGGUGGAGAUCGAGGAACGCGGGGUCAAGCUGCGUCUGACGGUGGUGGACACACCCGGAUUCGGCGAUGCCAUUGACAACUCCAACAGCUUUGGUGCAAUACUUGAGUACAUCGAUGAGCAAUACGAGCGCUUCCUUCGCGACGAAAGUGGCCUCAAUAGACGCAACAUUGUGGAUAAUCGCAUUCAUUGCUGUUUCUACUUUAUAUCGCCGUUUGGGCAUGGACUAAAACCCCUUGACGUGGAGUUUAUGAAGAAGCUGCACUCAAAGGUUAACAUUGUGCCCGUGAUCGCCAAGGCCGAUUGCCUCACAAAAAAGGAGAUUCUGCGCUUAAAGUGCCGCAUUAUGCAGGAGAUCGAGAGCCACGGCAUUAAGAUCUACCCACUGCCAGACUGUGAUUCCGACGAGGAUGAGGACUACAAGGAACAGGUGAAGCAAUUGAAGGAAGCUGUGCCUUUCGCCGUCUGCGGCGCCAAUACUCUGCUCGAGGUCAAGGGAAAGAAGGUUCGUGGUCGCCUAUAUCCAUGGGGUGUGGUCGAGGUGGAGAAUCCGGACCACUGCGACUUUAUCAAGCUGCGCACGAUGCUGAUUACCCACAUGCAGGACCUGCAGGAGGUGACGCAGGAGGUGCACUACGAGAACUACCGCUCCGACCGAUUGGCCAAGGGCAUUAAAGGAAAGGAGAACGGCGUGAAGUCUGAGCGGGACCGGGACAGCACCUCGCAGGUGGUGGCCAACAGCGUGCUCGGCGAAAAGGACCGCAUACUGCAGGAAAAGGAGGCCGAGCUGCGGCGCAUGCAGGAAAUGCUUGCCCAAAUGCAGGCGCGUAUGCAGGCCCAGCAAUGAGCAGCGGGUAUAUUUUAUAUAUACGUGCUGAGCGGAGGCGGCAAUCUAUACAUAGUUAUACACACAAGUCGUAUACAUACAUAUACACAACACAUAUUUUGUAUGCUGAUUUUGGUUGCGAUCGCGCUUUAAUUCUACUCUCAAUUGUGAAACGACGGGCGCUAAAUAUUCUGUAUUAAUUUCGCAUUUUCCAUUUAUUCGUAGUAUUUAGGUAUACACACCAUAUACAUUUAUAUACACAACCAACAUACACCUGUCUCGUAUGCAAAACGUCUGCAAUGCAAUUGCUCCAUCAAAAAAAAACCAACCAUCAGCGAACUCACUUCAUAUCAGUCCUAUCAAGCGAAACACACAAAAACAAAUGUAUUCCUACUAUGUAUUUAGACGCGAUAAACAAUGGAUUAUUAUUGUACUCUGCAUUUAGUCUAAGCGAAUCCAAUCCGAUUUAUAUUGUAUGUUAAUUCAUUUUUGUCUGUUUAUCUUCUGUGUAGUCUCAAAACGAGCGAUUUAUUUAGAUUAUACUAUAUGUGCGUAUCAGCCUUUACUUCCGAUUUUACUCGAAGGCCAUCGGUCGUUAUCCUCCAGCUCCGCCCGAUUCCUAAGCACGAUUUGAUUAAACAAGCAGUGAUCCUUUCCUAGGCGGUCCCGGGAUCCUAUGGCGGUUUGUAGCAAACUCGGUUUUGCAGGCUGUUCGUUAAAAACCAAAA